AAAAUGGAUCUCCAUUUCUAUCAAAAGCCCCUUCCUCCUCUCUUCAUCUCUUCCAUAUAUGUUCUGAAACUCUGCUUUAAUCAUAUUUCUCUCUCUCUCUGAUCUUUCUCCUCAUCCCUAAUUCCUCUCAUCUUCUGCUUUGAAACUCUGUUACUCUAUUUUCAGAAGUUUACGUUAUUCUCUUCCUAUAAUUUCACUUAUUUUAAUGCAUAGCUAUAGAGCCUUGGUUCUUGAUGUUUGGGACUCAUGUCUCCAGUAAUUAGCGAAGUCCUUCUUUCUGGUUUUACCAUUAAUUCAACCCUUCGUCGUGGAACUCACUUAGUUCAAUCCUUCUCUGUUGCCUUCCUCUACUGGUUCUACGUGUUCUCAUGAAUAUACCUUCCGUUUUAGUUUCUUCUCGCUAACUUAAUAUUAAGCUCCAGCAAAUAUCUAUAACCUUUAUUCUAAUUUAGCUAUUAUUACUGAUAUACUUAUUCAUACUUUAUUCAGUUAUAACGUGUUACAAUACACAAUUAUUAUGGCUUCUUCUCCUAGUGGAACAUCUUCAGGGUCAGAGGAUAUUCAGCAACUAAUGGACCAAAGAAAACGCAAAAGAAUGAUAUCAAACAGGGAAUCAGCAAGAAGAUCAAGAAUGAAGAAGCAAAAGCAUUUGAGUGAUCUAAUGGUUCAAGUGAAUCAACUCAAGGAUCAGAAUGAUAAAAUUGUUACUAACAUAAAUAUGUUGACUCAGGUUUAUUUGAACGUGGAAGCAGAGAACUCUGUUCUUAGAGCACAAAUGGCAGAAUUAAGCCACAGGCUUCAGUCCCUAAACGAGAUCAUUAACUGCUUAAACUCUGCAGCAACAAUAAUUGACGACACAGAGGUUAAUGGUGAAGAUGAUUUCUUGAAUCCUUGGAAUUUGCUACAUGUGAAUCAGCCAAUCAUGGCUUCUGCUGAUGUCUUCAUGUACUGAUCGAUCUAUAUUAUUUGGUCAUUGAAAAAUCAAUUAGAGAAAAAAAAAGAUAUUGUUGUUUGUAGAUUCUUGGCUUGGCUCUAGAUGGAGGUGUUUGGUUAGGUUCACUAAUAAAUAAUUGGAUUUUAAAGAGAAGAGAAGUACUUAUUAAAUGAGGGUUGAUAAAAUAGUUGUUGGCACCUUCUUGGUUUGUGAAUGGGUUAUUGCUACAAUAUUAGUAUAUUAAGUUGCUUGUCUCUUUUGUUAUUUUAUUAAAUAUAAAGAUAAUCCCAUUAAUCUUGUGUGUAACA